AUGUCGGAGCUGGCCUCGACUAGAUCAGCCAGCAAUGGCAGUCCGCCUCCGGAUGACCUGGAGCAAGAACUUGACCAGUUUUUGCGGCCGCUGGUGAUCAAUGAUGCCGUAGUGCAUAGCCUCGCCUACCAAUUCUCCAAGGUCUACGAAGAGCUAGCCUUGCAUUCUGAAGAACAAUUCUUGCCUACGCCGGUGACAAAACUACCCUCGGGUGGAGAAACCGGCCAAUUCCUCGCCAUCGAUGUUGGCGGCACCAAUCUUCGUGUGGCCUUCAUUGAAUUGCUGGGCGAUACGCCUAGUGAUGACCGCCUGCCGAACGCCAACGGGGCCGAGCGCUCACGUGAGACUAUCAGGAAUGCUCAGCGACCUCGAGUACGCCGGACGCUAGAAAAGGCAUGGCCCAUCGGAGAGCACCUGAAGAUGGAUCAGACGGAGGACUUGUUUGCAUGGAUUGGUGAUUGCAUUGCCGAGGUCGUGGGCGACCAGCUCGCUUCUGACAUGGGCAAGUUUCCUGUCCCGGAAGAACUGCCAAUGGGCAUCACAUUCAGCUUUCCCAUGAUCCAGACUGAAGUCUCCUCUGCGACAUUGAUGCCGAUGGGAAAAGGGUUCGGCAUCAGCUCGAACCUGGACCUAGGGUCGACCUUACUGCAAGGAUAUGCACGCCACACUCGCCGACAAUCCCAAGGCUCAUCCCCCCGAGCCAAGAGGAGGAAACUCGGGCCGCUUCCACGAUUAAAGAUUGCUGCCAUCACGAACGAUACCAUUGCCACCUUAGCUUCGCUUGCGUACACCGUCAAGUCAUUGCCCAAUUCCCGGGUCGCGGCAGGGAUUAUCGUCGGCACUGGAUGUAAUGCCACGAUUCCAAUGCCGUUUUCCAAGCUGGGUGAGGCGAAGGUCGAGUCCAUUCGAAAGAUCAAACCCGAUGCCACCGAGACCGUGGUCAACACCGAGAUUACCAUUGCUGGAGCGUGCGGGCCCUUGGAAGCCGUCACGACAGAGUGGGACCGCCAAUUGGAUGCCGAAUGUGCCAGACCAGGGUUUCAACCGCUGGAGUACAUGACCGGAGGCAGGUAUAUAGGCGAGCUCGUGCGGAUUAUCUUUCUCGAUUACAUGACCCGGGUCCACAAGCCGCCCAUACCUCCCGCUGCACUGCCAGCGACAAUCGUCCACAGCUACAGUUUUACGACAACCUUCCUCAGCGCGGUGGUUGCACGGGCACGGUCGGAUUCGGAAUUGGCGGGCGAACUGAAGCGGCGCAUUCCACCUCCAGAGUCUUCCAACUGGGGAUGGACAUCGGAAUCAGCAGGAGCCCUCCGCAAGAUUGCGCACCUUGUUCAGGUUCGCUCCGCGGGACUGAUUGCUGCGGCCACAGUGGGCCUGCUGGCAAUGGUGGGUGAGAUAGCCUUGGCCGAACCGGCUAGCCCUGCUUCUGGACAGGAUGUAACGAUGACGACGGCACCAAACAGUCGACCACCGUCACCUAAGCCCACCGGCCACCUUUGCGCUCCCGCGAAUGAUGCCGCAGAUGGACUGUCGCCGGCGCCCGGGGCUACAGCCUGGAAGUCAGGACCGGAAGAGCUGGUUGUGGCGUAUACCGGGGGAAUUAUUCAACAUUACCCCAACUUCAAGGAGCAGUGUCAGCGGUUUAUCGAUCGGCUUGUUAUGAAGGCUGGACCUCAAGAUGGCGGCAAGAGUGUUUUCCUCCGAGAGUCUCGGGAUGGCGGUAUCAUCGGCGCAGGCGUUUUGGCUGGAAUGGAAGCAAACGAGCAGAACACCAAAGCAUCGUGA